UUUGGAUCUUGUUUUGGUUUUUUAAGGAAAUGUGAUUUUGUUUGUUUCUUUUUUUAAUCAAAUAUGAAUUUACCUAAAGUGGUUAAUUUUUUCCCUUCUAGUAAUUUAAUUAACAAUUAUCAACGCUCUUUUCAGGUCCGUUGUCUUCGAGGUUGGGUCCAUGCAAAAAAGAGAUUUGACAAAGGCAAAGAUUUCCCAUAUUCUUUCACAACUAAACCAGAAGAUGCGAGAUCUUUACCUUUUAGUAAGAAGUUAAUUCCUGAGGAAUUGGAAUCUAUGAGAUUAAAGUAUCCUGAUUUUCUACCUGCUCCCAAUCCUGACCACAGAAAUAAAGUUAAAGUUAAUUUAGAACAUCAGGAUAUGAUCAAAAGACGAGAAAAUUUGGAUAUUCCUGAAUUUUAUGUUGGCUCAAUUCUUGCUGUUACUGUUUCAGAUCCUUUUGCUCCAGGAAAAGUGUCUCGUUUCCUUGGAAUAUGUAUUUAUCGAGAAGGUUCUGGUCUUAAUACUUGUUUUACUCUAAGAAAUAUAAUCGACAGAGAAGGAAUAGAAAUUAGAUAUGAUCUGUAUAAUCCAACGAUUCGAAGUAUCGAACUAAUCAAACUAGAGAAAAGGUUGGAUCAAGAUCUUAGAUAUUUACGAGAUGCUUUACCUGAAUAUUCAACGUUCCCUCUUGAUUUGGAACCAGAGAUUCGUAAAGAAGGUGCUCCAAUUCCUGUGAAUCCAAUUAAGGUCAAAAUGUUACCUUUACCUUGGUCAAAAAAUUGGUUUAAGAUUCAGUAUCAUAGACAAACUCUUGGAAUUGAGAAAUUUGAAAAUGUUUGGUCCCACUUUUACGAAAGAUCAGCUCGAAAGCACAACAACUAUGAGCAUCUUGACCUAAUGAAAGAGUAUCGGGAACAUAUUCCAGAAGAACAGCAAUUACCAAUAUGGAGUAAACUCGAAGCCCAUGAAAAGGAAACUGCUGAAAUUAGAAAGAAAACUCGACGUGCAAGUCUAAUUAAGAGAUAAAUGAUUAGAAUUUGAACCUUUCGAAAGAGAAAUUUAAUAAAUAAAAUUUAAUUAGUCGAUUGAAACAUUAGAUUUAUAAAUGUAAUAAAUGAUUCAAUUCAACGAUCAUCUAUUGUGGUUAUAACUGUUAUCCAGCAUCAGAAAUUUGUAAUGAUUGAUUUCCAACAAUUGAAUUGUUAUUAUCAAGAUAAUCUGAUUCCAGAUUGUUCAUAAAGUUUUUCCAAUUAACCAAUUAAAGUUUCUUAUAAGGUUUAA